ACCUCAGGGCGCAUGAGCGCGGGAUCCGGCGCGUCCAAGGCCCGAUGGAGGCGGAAGUUUCGCCCACUUCAGGUUCCCCCUUCGUCAAAAUGGCGGCGUCAGCUCUGAAGGGCGUGAUGGUCCCGCACGUCCUCCCGGAGCACUGCUACGACGAGCUCCUCGUCGACUUCAACCUCUUGCACAUUCCAUGCCUCAAAAUCCUCAUCAGCAAAGGACUCGGAUUUGGCAUCGUUGCUGGUUCACUCAUGGUGAAGCUGCCGCAGAUCUUCAAGAUCCUGGGGGCCAAGAGCGCGGAGGGCUUGAGCUUCCAUUCCAUAUUGCUGGAACUGCUUGCCAUCACUGGCACCAUGGCCUACAGCAUCUCCAACAGCUUCCCUUUCAGCUCGUGGGGUGAGGCUCUCUUCCUCAUGCUGCAGACAGUGGCGAUCGGGUUCCUGGUGCAGCAUUUUGGGGGUCAGACGGGGCGUGGUCUGUCCUUCCUGUGUGUCUAUUUUGGAGCCCUUUCCCUCUUGCUGUCCUCGCUCACCCCCAAGGGCGUUGUGACGGCCCUUCAGGCUUCCAAUAUGCCUGCCGUCGUCAUAAGCAGGCUCCUGCAAGCAGCCACGAACUACCGUAACGGACACACGGGCCAGCUGUCAGCCAUCACGGCCUCUUUGCUUUUCGCAGGGUCCCUGGCGCGGAUCUUCACGUCCAUCCAGGAGACGGGCGACCCCCUCAUGGCCCUGACCUACGUCGUCUCGUCUGCAUGCAACGGCAUCAUCAUGGCACAGCUGAUGUACUACUGGCACAGCCCCGUUGACAAGCACAAGAAGGCCUAGAUGGGGCCCCCCGUUCCCGCUCUUCAAGAGGAGCGUCCGGAAAGGGGCCUUGGUUCCUGAGGGCAAGGAAGGGGGGUUCCUCCUCCAUCCUUGUUGCCACACUGCCCCUGUUGCUGCUGUGACGAUCAUUCCAAUUUUCUGGGGUGGGUGAGGGUGUCCCUCCUUUUGCACUCUGAGCCAAGGGACAUUGUCGGCUGCUCUGGGAACCUCAGGGGACUUUGAGCUUGCAGGGUGGGCAGGAAAGGGUGCUUCGCUUCCCAGGCUGCUGCUAUUCCCACCACCAGUGCCGUGGGUGAACGGGUGGGUGGGUGGGUGUGAUGAGGGCGGGCAGUGCAGUGUCUGCACUGGAAGGAAGCUCCCUCCGGCCUGUAACUGUGUUCCCCCACGCCCAGACGUUUUCCAGUUAAAUAUAGAGCUAUUCUUGA